CACCGUUCUCGUCAGUCAGUGCGUCAGCCAGCCGGCCGGCCGUUUCAAUUGUCGCUAAAAGAAAGCGAAAUUCUUAAAGCGAUACUUGAAUUCCUUGAAAUACGCGGUCUUCAUAUUACUCAGCUUUCGCUGGAAAGGGAAACGGGUGUGAUAAAUGGCAAGUACUCGGAUGACUUGCUUUUCCUACGGCAACUUAUCCUCGAUGGCCAAUGGGACAAUGCCCUCGAUUUCGUCGAGCCGCUCAAGUCUGUACAGGACUUCGAUUUCAGACAGUUCCGGUAUACCAUCACAAAGUACAAGUUCUUCGAAUUGUUAUGCGUGAAAUUGGAACCUGGGCCACUACACGACAAUGACUUUGCAGUUGAGGAGUUGGUGGAAUGCCUGAAGGAUCUGGAGCACAUCUGUCCUUCGCCUGAAGACUAUCGCCAGCUCUGCGCGUUGUUGACCCUCCCAAAACUCUCAGAUCAUGCUGAUUUCAAGAAUUGGAAUCCUUCAUCGGCUAGAGUGGAAUGCUUCCACAAGAUCCAGGCUCUGGUCGCCCACCUACUUCCUCCAACAGGCAAAGAACGUGAAAACCAGCAUCAUUCAAAUCAUGACCGAUUAAUCUCAUUAGUGACAAAAGGAGUAUUCUACGAGGGAUGUGUAGACUAUUGCCAAGCUCAAGCCAUCGGCGAUCUCAGAGGCAUAGAAAACGGUCCUCAUCCGACAGACAUACUAGCAAACCGACCGCGCCUAUCAUCCACGGACCUAUCAUUGAUAUCGUGGCUGGAAAUGGUCGGACGAGAACAAUUUGCGAUGCCAUUUCAACAGAAGCAGCUCGACCUCAAAGUGGAACAUCUGAAGAAGCCGAAGCUUGAGGCUCAGUGGACAGAGACGAUUCUAGCAACUCCGAUGAAACCUGGUGGCCAUUUCCCUCACUCAAUGGUUCCCAAUGCAAAGCUGAAAUUCGCCGAAAAGAUGAGCCAGUCGAUGACUAUGCUGCCGUUGAGCACCAGCGUUUUUCCAAUGGUCACCCGACUACAGCCAAUGUCGCAGUCCACAGCAGCAGGAUUCUGCCUUGGUAUUGGUGACGCUGGAAGUGAAGCGAUGGCACAAAGUCAAAUGAUCGACAACAUGAUGGAAAUGAGCCAACUAACGAAGAGUAGUCGACCUGAUGGGCAACGGAAUCACAUGAUUCCGAAUGCUAUGAUGAGCUCAAUGGCUCCGCAGGUGAUGGGGCCAGCUUUGGUUCAUAUGACCGGUUCGGGCUCUCCUCGACCGCAUUCCACUGUCGCUGCUCAAACGGUGACAUCUCCUCCUGCAACACAACCGCAAUCGAGGCCGGUGUCUAUGCCACCGAACGGAACUUCUGCAACUCCUGUUCAGUUCGUACCCGUAUGCAGAUAUGAGGACAGCCAAGCAAUCCGUACAGUCGCCUUUCAUCCAACUGGUCGUUACUUUGCAGUUGGUACAAACUCGAAACAACUUCACAUUUGCAAGUACCCCGAUAUACGACGUUUCAGCCACUCCGAGCAAAUACGACAUCCAGAGAUCCUGUUAUCUCGUCCCAAACAGCACCGUGGGUCAGUUUAUUGCCUCUCAUUCAAUGGUACUGGAGAGUUAUUGGCAACUGGAUCCAACGACAAGACACUACGGCUAAUGGCCUUCAAUUCCGAUACCUGUAAAAUCGGUAAGGCUUUUACUCUUAGCAUAGGAGUCACAUGGUGUCGUGAUCAGACAUCGUUGCUGGUGAGCGGUGGUGCAGGCAACUGUCAUUUGCAUGUGACGGACUGCCAUUCUGGUCAGAUGGUGCAGACGCUGCGAGGUCACAAUGCACCAAUUCUCGGACUAUUUAUCUGGAACAAUGGUCCGAUGUUUGUGUCGUGCUCCCAGGAUAAGACGAUUCGUUUUUGGGAUGUACGAAGUUCGCAAGCGGUGAAUGUGAUCCAACCAACCAACAAAGCACACAGUGCACCAGUAACAUCGGUCUGUGUCGAUCCGUCAGGACAACUACUCGUUUCCGGUCAUGAGGAUGCGUCGGUCGCCCUCUAUGACAUCACGGGAGGAAGGGUGCUUCAGACUUACAGGCCACAUGGAGAUGAAGUGCGAACUGUGCGGUUCAGCAACGCUGCUUACUAUCUUCUUUCAGCCAGCUACGACAAGAGGGUCGUUAUAACGGACAUGCGAGGCGACUUGAUGGCUCCUCUUAUUUACUUACCAGUGGCCGAACACUCCGACAAAGUGAUCCAGUGUCGAUGGCACCCGUUUGACUUCUCAUUCUUGUCAACCAGCGCGGAUCGGAGUGCAGUUUUAUGGGCAUUACCCCCGCCUCCACGAUUUUGA